AUGGAUGACUGGGUAACUAAAAAAAUAGAUUAGUAUAUACUUGUGAAUCAUAAAUUAGGUAGAGGAUCAUAUGGUACUGUAUAUAGAGGAUACUUAGAAUAAGAUGAAAAUUAAAUGAUUGCAGCAAAAUAAAUUCCUAUUAAAGAAAUAUGUUCAUCUACAUCUAGGAUUUAAUAUAUAAAAAGAGAGAUUGAAAAUCUUUAAAAAAUAGAUAGUAAAUAUGUUGUGAAGUUGUUUGGUGUUUCAAGAACAUAAACAAAUUUGUAUAUGUUUUUGGAAUAUUGUGUUGAUGGAGAUCUUAAAUCAUAUUUAAAAAAGAAGGAAAAUAAAAUACUUAGCGAACCAGAAGCAAUUAAAAUUUUUAAGCAUAUUGUUGAAGGGUUUAAAGAACUAAAUAAGUAUAAAAUAAUUCAUAGAGAUAUCAAGCCAGCAAAUUUACUUAUAAGUAAUGGGAUAGUAAAGCUUGCUGAUUUUGGUUUUUCUAAAGUUGUCGAAGAUGAAGAAGCUAGACUUAGAUCAUUUAUAGGAUCGCCUCUUUAUAUGGCUCCAGAACUUUAAGAAUAAAUGCCUUUUUCUUCAAAAUGCGAUGUUUGGAGCACUGGUAUAGUACUUUAUGAAAUGUUAUAUGGCAAAACACCAUGGAAUGGCUCAUCAUAAUUAAAUUUAUUUGAAAAUAUUAAAAACUAACCUUUAGUCUUUCCUGAUGAGCCUAUUAGGUCAAACAAACUUAAAUCUCUUAUCAAAAAGAUGCUUUAGUACUAUGAAAAAGACAGAAUUAGCUGGUCAGAAAUAUUUGAUGAUGACUUAAUUAAUGGUGUUCGCAAAAGUAUGGAAGAAAGCUUCAGAAAAAGAGAUUUAGUGGAAGGUUUUUUAGAAAAGUCUAUAUUAGAAAAUGAAGCCUAUAUUUAAAAGAAUCUUGUGGUUGAUUAUUUAGCCCAUAUAGAAGAAGAAGAAGAUGAUGAAUAUGAAAGAGAAAGAAAAAAGACUAAUGGACACUCAAAUCAUGCUAAAAAUAAUUAAAAGAAAAUAAAUAAAUAAAUUGAUGAAGAUGAUAAUGAUGAUUUAGUAGCUUCAGAAGAAAAUCAUACUGAAAUUAUGGACGAAAAUCGUAGUGGAGCUUAAUAUUAAGUGAAACAACUUUAGUUCAAAACAAAAGCAAAUUCAUCAAACUUAAUCACUUUUUAAGAUUCAAAAUCUAGUAUUUCCCCUAAAAUAAAGUAGGAAUUAAAAAUUGAGUCUUAAAGUAGUUUUGAAAACUAAAAAUCAAAAGGGACCUAAAAGUCAAUUGACUUCUUCUUUGGAGAAACAUCUGAAGAAAAAUACACUUUUGAAGAGAAAGCUGAAUAAUUAAUAAAAGAUUAAAUAGAUGCAGAAAAAAUGAGAAAAAAUAUUUUAAAAGUAAACGAGUAUAUUUUAUAUGAAAGAAACGUUAGCUUCUUUUACAACUUUGUUAUAUAGAAAUUAAUACUUGCUUACAAUGAAAAAACAUUAAAGAUUCCUCAAGAUUUAUAUUACAGGGUUAUAUUUAUUAUUAGUAAAUGUUAAACUAUAAAUCUCAACAAAGUUAUAACCAUGUUGACUUCACCCAAAAGCGAAUUUAGUCAAGCUAUUUGGGAUUAGUAUUAAUUAUCUCUUGAUUAUUUAAAAACAUAGAAGCUUUUAAUUUAGGACUGUUGGUAUGCCAAGAAGUUUAACUAAGAGCUAUUAAAAAAAACAACUCAAAUAGUCAACGAAGUUCUCAAAAAGGAAUCAAAUCCCCAACAAAUUACAUUCUUGAAACUCUACUAAGGUGUUUUAAACCAAAAAAUGGAUUAUGAUUCAACUUUUAAGCAAGCUUAUCAAAAAACCCUCUCUGAAUUAAUAUAAUCUGCCAAGCAGCAAGCUAUAGAGACUGAUAAGAAAGAUGCUUUAAUUAUCUUUAAGUAUUUAUUUGUUUGUCAAAACCCAUAUAGCAUUUUUAAAAAUUCAGAAUUUGACUUCAGUAGAUUCUACGAACAGCUUGAAAAUAUUAAACUGUAACAGCUAAGAUAAGAAAUAUUAUAAAACCCCUCAUUUAAAUAGUGA